GGCCUGACGUCCUCAGAAGUUGAGCAAACACCUCCUCCUCCCGGCCCCCAUCCCAAUUUCUGCUGGGAAUUCGGGGCCUUCCAUAUCCGGACCCAGGAGCUCGGAGGCGGCAGGACCGGUCGGAACCUCAGAGGGGACGAGUCACCAGGUUUUAAGAUGCUGCGAGUACAAGGGACCAAACUGGGCAGGCUGGGGCUCAGCUUCUCCAAAGGGCUUCAUCACAAAGCGGUGGUGGCCCUGAGGCGGGAGGAUGUGAAUGCCUGGGAGAGAAGAGCACCUCUGGCUCCCCGGCACAUCAAAGGCAUCGCCAACCUGGGAUACAAAGUCCUAAUACAGCCUUCCAAUCGGCGGGCCAUUCACGACAAGGAAUAUGUCAAAGCUGGUGGCAUUCUUCAGGAGGAUAUUUCUGAAGCUUGUCUAAUUUUGGGAGUUAAAAGACCCCCAGAGGAAAAAUUAAUGUCUAAGAAGACUUACGCAUUCUUCUCCCACACAAUAAAGGCUCAGGAGGCCAAUAUGGGUUUGCUGGAUGAGAUUCUGAGACAGGAAAUCCGACUUAUUGAUUACGAGAAAAUGGUGGAUCAUAGAGGAACACGGGUAGUGGCGUUUGGACAGUGGGCAGGUGUGGCAGGGAUGAUCAACAUUUUGCAUGGAAUGGGGUUAAGGCUCCUUGCUUUGGGACAUCACACACCUUUUAUGCACAUUGGCAUGGCUCAUAACUACAGGAACAGUGGCCAGGCUGUGCAAGCUGUCCGCGAUGCUGGCUAUGAAGUAUCUCUGGGAUUGAUGCCAAAGUCGAUAGGGCCUUUAACAUUUGUGUUCACAGGGACUGGUAAUGUAUCUAAGGGAGCCCAAGAAAUCUUCAAUGAAUUACCUUGUGAAUAUGUGGAACCACAUGAAUUAAAAGAAGUUUCCCAAAAUGGAGACCUGAGAAAAGUGUAUGGGACGGUGUUAAGUCGCCAUCAUCAUCUUGUCAGGAAAACAGAUGGUGUGUAUGAUCCUGUAGAGUAUGACAAAUAUCCUGAGCGCUACAUAAGUCGUUUUAAUACUGAUAUUGCACCCUAUACAACUUGUUUAAUUAAUGGAAUCUACUGGGAACAAAACACCCCUCGUCUACUAACUCGCCAAGAUGUCCAGAGUCUCUUGGUCCCAGGCAGGUCCUCUGUUGCUGGUGUGGAAGGCUGCCCUGCAUUACCACACAAGCUUGUGGCAAUAUGUGACAUUUCAGCUGACACAGGAGGAUCAAUAGAGUUUAUGACCGAGUGUACGACAAUAGAACAUCCCUUUUGUAUGUAUGAUGCAGACCAGCAUAUUAUUCAUGACAGUGUUGAAGGCUCUGGGAUUCUGAUGUGUUCCAUUGACAAUUUGCCAGCACAGCUUCCAAUUGAAGCUACAGAAUACUUUGGAGACAUGCUUUACCCUUAUGUUGAAGAAAUGAUAUUAUCAGAUGCGACACAGCCUCUUGAAAGUCAGAAUUUUUCUCCUGUGGUGCGAGACGCAGUAAUUACAUCCAACGGUGUAUUGACUGAUAAGUAUAAAUAUAUCCAGAAACUCCGAGAGAGCAGGGAACUUGCUCAGUCACUUUCAAUGGACACCAAGAAAAAGGUCUUGGUUCUUGGAUCUGGUUAUGUAUCUGAACCUGUAUUGGAAUACCUGUCAAGAGAUAACAAGAUAGAAAUAACAGUAGGCUCUGACAUGAAGAACCAAAUCAAACAGUUAGGUAAGAAAUAUAAUAUUAAUCCUGUUAGCAUGGACAUUAGUAAACAAGAAGAGAAGUUGAGCUCCUUGGUGGCAAAACAGGAUCUUGUCAUCAGCUUAUUGCCUUAUGCAUUGCAUCCUCUUGUGGUGAAGGCAUGCAUCACAAGCAAAGUUAACAUGAUCACUGCAAGCUACAUCACACCGGCGCUAAAAGAAUUAGAAAAAAGUGUGGAAGAUGCCGGCAUCACAGUCAUUGGUGAACUUGGGUUGGACCCUGGUCUUGAUCAUAUGUUGGCAAUGGAAACCAUAGAUAAGGCCAAGGAAGUGGGAGCCACGAUUGAAUCUUAUAUUUCCUACUGUGGUGGGCUUCCAGCCCCUGAACAUUCAGACAAUCCUUUGAGAUACAAAUUUAGCUGGAAUCCAGUGGGAGUUUUGAUGAACAUAAUGCAGCCAGCUACCUACCUGCUCAAUGGAAAGGUUGUGAAUGUUGCAGGGGGCAUCUCCUUUCUUGAUGCAGUUACUCCCAUGGAUUAUUUCCCUGGCUUAAAUUUGGAAGGCUAUCCUAACAGAGACAGUACAAAAUAUGCUGAGAUUUAUGGCAUUCCAUCUGCGCACACUUUGCUGCGGGGGACACUGAGAUAUAAGGGGUAUGCCAAAGCUUUGAAUGGAUUUGUAAAACUGGGUCUUAUAAACAGAGAUGCAUUCCCUGCCCUUCGACCUGAGGCCAACCCUCUCACCUGGAAAGAGCUCCUUUGUGAUCUGGUUGGGAUUUCACCCUCCUCCAAGCAUGAUGUGCUCAAGGAAGCGGUCUUUCAGAAACUAGGAAGAGACAAUACCCAGCUGGAGGCUGCUGAACGGUUGGGCUUACUUGGGGAUGAACAAGUCCCUCAAGCAGAGUCUGUGGUGGAUGCACUCUCCAAGCAUUUGGCCAGGAAACUCUCCUAUGGCCCUGGAGAGAAAGAUAUGAUUGUGAUGAGAGACAGUUUUGGAAUCAGACAUCCUUCUGGACAUUUGGAAAAUAAAACUAUUGAUCUUGUGGUUUAUGGGGACAUCAAUGGCUUUUCAGCCAUGGCUAAAACUGUGGGGUUACCCACUGCUAUGGCAGCCAAGAUGUUGCUUGAUGGUGAAAUUAAAGGUAAAGGCCUGAUGGGGCCCUUUUCAAAGGACAUCUAUGGACCAAUAUUGGAGCGAAUUAAAGCAGAAGGCAUUAUAUAUACAACACAGAGCAUAAUCAAACCAUAAUUGAGAAUUAUAUCUUGGUUUUAUCUUCCCAGGCACCGUAGCUCUGAACAUUUGUGCAACAAACCUGCUUGCUAAUGUGCUGCUUUGAAAUAUAAAGCAUGAUAUUUUUUGAGUCAGUCAAUACAAUGAUGUUUUUAAAAUACAAAUCUCUAUUUUAAUAUGAAAACAUUUGGAACAGGAGAUGCCAGUAAUUACCAGAGAAUUUCAAUAAUUCUACAUUCAUUUUUUUCAUGUGUAUGCGAAAGUGAUGAUUGUGCUAUAUGUUAAUUUAUUGUGCAACUUUUUUCUUAUAAGAGUAUAUUUUCCUAUGAUCAGCAGAUAAACUUUUUAGUAAGAAAAAAAUUUUUCACACAGCUAUAUUUUUGUAUUUUUCAAAUUGAUUCACUUAGAUACUCUUAUAUUACCUAUCUAUAAACCUUUGCAAUAAUUAUAUUUUAUGGCUUUUUUGGUAAAAUUAUGAUUUACCGAGUAAAUCUCAUUUUUUACAGUUUUCUCUUGAGUGUUUGGAAAAGGAAAUAGGUAAGAGCAAAUCAAAAUCCACAUGAUCACCUCAUUAGGGACAGAAAAAGCAUUUAACAAAAUUUAACACCCUGGCGUAAUAAAAAGAUUCAACAAACUAGGAGUUGAAACCUGAUAAAGAACAUCUGUGAAAAACCUAUAGGUAGCAUCAUACUUAAUGAUGAAAGACUGAAAGAUUUCCCCUUGAAAUCAGAAACAAGAAAAUGAUGCUUUGGGCACUUAUACUCAACUUGUACUGGAGGGUCUAUCCAGGGCAGUUAGGCAAGAAAAUGAAAUACAACACAUCCAGAUUUGGAAGGAAGAAGUAAAACUACCUCUAUUUGCAGGUGGUAUCGAUCUUAUACAUAGAAAAUUCAAAAGAAUACUUUAAAAAACAUUAGACCUAAUACAUGAGUUCAGCAAAGUUGCAGGACACAGGUAAUAAUACAAAAUUGAUUGUAUGUCUAUACAAUAUCAAUAAAUGAAACAAAAAUGAUACUGAAAAAAACCAAUUCAAUUUACAGUAGCAUGAAAAAGAAUAAAAUAGGAAUAGAGUGUGAGUCUGGAAAUAAUCCUCAUAUUUAUGGUCAAUUGAUUUUUGAAAAGGGUGCUAAGACAAUUCAGUAGAGGAAAAUAAUAUUUCAUCAAAUGGUGCUGAAACAACUGGAUAUCCACAUGCAAAAGAAUGAAGCUGGACCCCAUCCUCACAGCAAUGAACUCAAAAUGGACCAAAGAUCUAAAUAUAAGAGCAAACACUAUAGAACUUGUAGAAGAAAUCAUAGAUGUAAAUCUUCAUGCCCUUGGAUUAGGCAGCGGUUUCUUAAAUAAUUGAAACCAAAAAGCACAAGCAACAAAAGGAAAAAAAAUAGAUAAAUUGGCAUCAUCAUCAGAAUUAAAAACUUCUGUGCUUCCAAGGAUACCCUCAAGAAAGCAAAAAGAUGACCCAUAGAAUGACAAAAUUUUUGCAAGUCAUAUAUCGGGUAAGGGAGGAAACUAUAUUUAGAAUAUAUAAAGGACUACUAUAGCUCAGUAAGUAGACAAAGAGCCCAAUUUAAAAAAUAAGGUUGUGAAUUGACGGUUCUCCAAAGAAGAUAAACAAAACCAAUAAGCACAUGAAAAGAUGUUCAACACCAUUAGCUACCAGGGAAAUGCAAAUCAAACCUAUAAUGAGAUACCACUUCAUACAGGAUAGUUAAAAUGAAAAAGAUAAUAAGUGUUUGUGGGGAUGUGGAGAAACUGGAAUCCUUGUAAACUGCUGGUGGAAGUGUAAAAUUAUGAAGCCACUUGAGAAAACAGUUUGGAAGUUCCUCAGAAGGUUAAGCAUAGAGUUACCAUAUGAGCCAGCAACUCCACUCUUAGGUACAUACCCAAGAGAAACUAAAACAUAUGUCCACACAAAAACUUGUAAGCAAAUGUUUAUGGCAGCAUUAUUCACAAUAGCAAAUAUCAAAAUAAGCCAAAUGUUCAUAAACAAAUAAAUGAAUAAACAAAAUGUGGCAUAUCCAUACAAUGGAAUAUCAUUUGGCAAUAAAAGAGAAAUGAAGUUCUGAUACAUGCUACCACAUGGAUGAACCUUGAAAAGAUUAUGCUAAGUGAAAGAAGCCAGACACAGAAGUCCACAUUAUGGUAUGAUCUCAUUUGUAUGAAAUUGUCCAGAGUAGUCAAAUCUAUAUAGAGAGAAAAUAGAUUAGUGGCUGCCUAAGGCUGGGGGUUUGGGGGAGAGUUGGGAGUGACUCCUAAUGAGUUUGGGUUUCUUCUUAGGGUGAUAAAAAUGUUGUAGAGUUGAUUGAGGUAAUGGUGUCACAACUUUGUGAAUAGACUAAAAAUCACUAAACUGUAUAUUUUGAAUUAUAUAGGAUAUGAAUUACAUCUCAAGUUGCUAUAAAAUGAUUAUAAUUUUUUUCCUUGGGGGAAAAUAUAAACUACUCUUUUUAAAAUACAGAGUAAACCCUUGUUUGACAUUCUAGGACUAUACACAUACUCUGGUAUGGAACGGAUUCUGCCCAUGAAAUAAGCAACUAUUGUGUGUGGGGUAUAUGGAAGUUGAGAAAACAUCUAUGCUAUUUGAAAAGGGUCAAAGUUGAUUAAGGCCUGGUCCUACCUGUCAAAAAUAAUAUGUGGAGAUCAAUAUUAAUAAGUAAAGACAUUUGUGUUAAUGGCACUUUUUUUUUUUUUUACCACAACAUUGAGUUCAACAAAGUCAAUCAGGAAUUAUGAGUGUCACAUUGAUUCUACCUCCAAUCUGGAAUAAUGCCUAGAGACAGUGGGAACUAGGGAAGUAACAUCUUAGGUGGGUGAGGGAAAAGUUUAAAUAUCUCUAAGCUAAGAUCUCAUUAGCUUUAACAUAAAUGUCAGGCAAAUGUUAUUGCAAAAGAGGGAAGCCCAAACGAGUUUAACUGGUUUGGGCUUCAUAAUACCAAUGAAUGAUAAAGGGGAUAUGAUUGAAGAGCUAGUCUAUUGUCAGUGCUAGAAAAGAAUUGUCAGUAAGCUUGAGUAAAGGUGGAUGUAAUCACACACUGCAUUGUCUCUCAAGUUUUCCAGUAGAAAUGAAGGUGAUGGUAAGAUAGAAUGGGAGCUUAUAAUUACAAGCAUAUGGCUUGCUCAGGGGUCAGCAGCCUUUUUACUACAAAGGGCUAGAUACUACAUAUUUUAGACUUUGUAGGCCAAAAGGGGCCAUAAUUGUUCAUUUCUGCCUUUGUAGUGUGAAAUCAACCAUAGACAGUACAUAAAUGAAUGGACAUGACUGUGUUCCAAUAAAACUUCAUUUACAAAAAACAAGUGAUGGGCAGACUUGGCCCUUGAGCCAUAGUUUGUUAACCUCUGGUCCUACCAUUAGAGUAGACUGAAUGCUCACAUCUUCCAGAUCUCUCUUGGCCUCUUUCAUAUAAAAUCCAUAUUUAUGUUGUCCAGUUUUCCUUUACCUAGACAAAAUAGAUACUAGAAGCUCCUAAAGAGCAGUUUGGUUGGUUCAACAAUACACGAGCUCUUUCCUUCUCCAUAAAAUAAGUAUAAUAAUAACUUGCAGGAUGGUUAUAAAGAUGAAUGAGCAAAUGUAAGGGAAAGCCUGGCACCUCGUAGAUGUUCAAAGCUAGUAUUCUUCUCUCUUUUGCAAUAACAUUUUGCCUGACAUUUAUGUUUAAGUUAAUGAGAGCUUAGAGAUGUUUUUUCAGUCAUUUAGAUAUCUUUGGAAGAAUCCUCAAAGAUCCAUGCUGCUCAAACAAGCUAUAGAUAUUUCUGCUCCAUAAUGAGAAUCUUAAAACAAUAGAAUGGAAAGGAACAGAAUAAUCACCUGGUUGGGCCAUUGAUUUUACAGAAGAGAAAAUGUGUCUCACAAAGUUAAAUGAUUUGCCUAAGGUGACAAGACUUAAUAUUGAAAUUUGAUCAUUUGAGGUCAUUCAAAAUACUUGAUGAAAUUUGGGAAGCACUUUGAUUUAUAAAACCUCUUUUAUGGUGGGUUAUUAGGACCACCACUGGCCCAUAUGGUGCCUUCUUGAGAAUUAGAGAAAGAUACUGCUUCUUCAAGACACUUCUGUCAAAAACUUACUGUCAAACAUGUAAUUUAUCACAACACUUUACUACCCUCGUGGGUAUUAAUCAUUUAAGUACAUGUCAUAAUAUUGGAUGCCUAUGAUGUCAUUAGCUCCCCUGUAGAUGCAGUGCACAACUCUCACAGCCAUGCAGGUAACCACUAUUAUCCUUACGUGCUGUCUAGAUCACCUUUACAAGGCUUUACAUUUGUUUUGUUUUUUAAGAUUUUAUUUGACAGAGAGAGAGAGAUCACAAGUGUGGGGAGAGGGAGAGAGGGAGAGGGAGAAGCAGGCUCUCUGCCAAGCAGGGAGCCCGAUGCGGGGCUCGAUCCCAGGACCCCGGGAUCAUGACCUGAGCCGAAGGCAGACGCCUAACCAACUGAGCCACCCAGGUGCCCCAAGGCUUUACAUUUGUUGAUUGUCUGCAGUGAAACUACAUUUACCAGACUUGAAUUCCACUGGAAAGGAUCCAGUGAGAAAAGCUUCCUGUUUUAGGGCAAUGCUUUAGUCACUGACAGCUAAUCUAUUAGCUUCCUUUUUCCAAUUUUGUUAUAGUCCUAACACUCAUUUUUAAUUUUUAUUGAUUAGCAAGAAUUACGAAACAGUGUUGAGUCCUAACUUUCAAGGUUAACACGUCCUGACCCUCUAAGUUACUGGUUUAGUAGAAUAGAAGGUUUCUGGUGUCUUCCAGUGUUCUGCUGAUUGAUACGUAUACUACAUCACUGCAUAAACCCUGAGAAUCCCACUGCCAGCCUCAGAGCCUGGUGAAACUUCAUUGCGAUUUCUCCCCUUUUUGUUCGAUUAAAGAUGACUCUGGGCUGUUGCCAGGCACAACUAAAGCAGCAGCCCAGCACUUGGCUUCAGUUCAUUCUGAAGUUCAUUUCUUCCAAGCCAGGUUCUUGGUGAAGCUGGCACAGGGUGAAGCGGGCCCCCAUACUUGGUCAGAACGCAGUUAACUCCAAUAAAGAAAAACCAUGCUUGUCUUACUAGCCAACUGUUGAUAAAAGGAGUUUUUUCUUUCUUAAGUUGAAGGAGAUACUUAAAAGGAGGUAGAAAUUAAAAGGGAACUGAUAGAGGAAAGAAACUGGAAUAGACUGUAAAACAGAAGACCAGGAGAAAAGAUGAGGGGCGUGGAUUAUUAAAAUACUGUAAUAAUGUUUAAAAAAAAAAAACUUAAAAACUUUGGCUGGCACAAGGUGGUUCUAUUUAGUUUCUGGUCUAUGAGAUUUGAAAUUUAAUAUUGGCUGAAUUAUGCAACCAUUAUUCAAACAGUUCAAUAUGUAAGAUGCUCAAUGAAGACAGUGGUCCUUUUCAGGGUCCUACUCAUCUGCCCUUAUGUUAAAGGAAGACAUUCUUCAGAGUUCUUUCCCAGCCUCUAUUUUCUUUCUAUAUGUUCUCUCUGGGUGUGUGCAUCCCACCCUUUGGCUUCAAAUAUCACCUAUAUCUCUAAGGAAUCCCUAACUUUCUCAUUUGAGCUUCUGAGUAUGUAUAUAACUACCUACUAAUAUCUCUGUUGGGAUAUCUCCCCAACUUCUUAAACUCAAUGUUGACUUGAGUUUGUAGUAUAAACCUGUGUUUUUCAGUGGGGCCACUCUAGGAAUUUCCCCCAAAAGUAGCUCUUCCACCUGAUUGCCCAUCUCAGGAAAUGGCAACCACUAUCUUCUCCCUGCUCUGGAUGUAAUCCUUGAUGCCAGCAAAUCAGGACUUCUUCCUCUUCUCCACCGAAUCCAUCCUUGUCCAUCCUCGGACUCCAUCCUUGUCUUUCUACCCAUGCAUAGCUAGCCUCAUACAGAAUUACUUUCUCGAUGUCCAUUCUCCUCACAGCAGACACAUUAGUCUUUCAAUAUGAUCUUUCUCUGACUCAUUUUCCUAAUUACAAGUAUUUUCUGGGAUUCCUCACCAUUUAAACUACUUGUACUUAAAGCAUUGUCUCAGGGUCUGCUUCUGUGGGAACUCAAACUAAGAUUCCAGUGUAUUUUUAGCACCCAUCAUGAGGCCUGACAUAUAGUAAUGUGUAUAUAUAUAUAUACACAUAUAUAUAGUACUGACAUACUUACACAAGCCUGGUGGUAAGGUGUGGUAGAGGUGGAAGUGUAGAUAAGGGAAGGUUGUUAUAGGCUCUGCUUGUAUAUAAAGCAGUUUUAGGUUAUUUUUUAGCAUUAGCCAAUAAUGCUGAAGAAGCAUAUUUUUCUCUUCCAUUUGUUGCCUCUUAGAGUGCUUGUUGAAAUUCCCCCAAAGCAUAAGGAUGGGUAAAGGGCAUUCUUUUGUGAUAUUUGAAUCAGCCCCAACUAUCACAAUUACUGUGUGUGUCACAAUAGAUUGAGAUUAUGUUAAUCAUAAUCCAGGGGGCUGGUAAGAUCAGAUUUGUGCUUCUAAAAGAUUGCUUUGGCUCCACUGUUAAGAGGCAUUCAGGACAGGGUGAGAGGGGGAGAUGUCCAGAGGCCAUUGCAGUAGUUGAAGAAAGAAGUUACACCCCAUCCCCCAACCAAAAGUGAGAACAUCAUGUAGACACUUCUCCAGGCUACUGAAUCAGUGCUUUAGAAGAGGAAACAGAAACCACCCUAGGCAUUUUAAAGAGAAAGGCAUACAAGACAGUAGGAGCCUUACACUCAUAGCUGGGGCCCAUGUAUUGGGAAGCUUGAAUCAGAAGUACUGGGUUGAGGGGCACCUGAGUGACUCAGAUGAGCAUGUGACUCUUGAUUUUGGCUCAGGUCAUGAUCUCAGGGUUGUGAGAUGGAGCCCCACAUCAGGCUCACGCUCAUCAUGGUGUCUGCUUGGGAUUCUCUCCCUCUCCCUCUGGCCCUACCCACUCCCACUCCCCUCGUUCAUACUCUCUCUGUCUCUGUCUCUUAAAAAAAAAGUACUUGGUCUUCCUGCCAUGGCUGCUACUGGUUCCCAACCCAAUACACUGGAACUCGGCUGCAAAGAGCCACAUCUGUCUCUACAACCUUGCUUCCUUUUACCAGCAGGGUCAAAGAGGACAGGAGGAUGGCCUUUGCCUUAUUUCUGUCUUCUAGUCUUGUGUGAUAGUAUUUUCAGAGUGGCCAGAAAGAAAGUCAAGAAGUAUAGGCAAAUAUAUAAUAAAUGGGUUAAAAUUAUAUUACAAUGUAUGGUAAAACGAUAUUGUCUAUGUUUCCAGACUUUACGGUUCCCUGUAUUUGGUGGAAUGUAAUUCAUACCCACAACCCUAGCUGCAAAGGAGUCAGGGGACUAUAGUUUAUAGCCUUUUUGUCUUUGAAGUGUAAGAAGUGUUCUAACUACUAUCACCAUGUAACAAACUACCCCAAAAUGUAGUGGCUUAAAAUAGCAGUCAUUCAUUUUGUUCAUCAAUUUGCAACUUGGGCAUGACUCAGGGGCAACAGUUCUCUCUGCUCAACAGAGUCCCACUUGUGGUGUGUUGACUGGGAGCUGGGGGAUCCAUUGCGAGACAGCUUGUUCCCAUAGCUGCCCAGGUGGUUCUGCUGUCAGCUGGAAGCUCAGCUGGGGCCUCUAGGCAGAGCUGCAUUGCCUUUUAUGCCUUUUAUGACUUAGCCUCUGAAGUCACAUAGCAUCACCUUCCCCAGAAUCGCAAGUCCAUCCAGAUUCAAGGGGAGGAACCACAGACCCCACUGCCGAAUGGGAUGAGUUUCAAAAAGUCAUGUGGGAUGGAAGAUACUGUUGAGCUAUUUUUGGAAAA